AGAGCAAGCAUCACAUUCACCGGGAAUAGCCAAGGUAGUGCCUAAACAAGAUACACAUAAGAUGACGACUCCUGGAAAUAACAGCUUUGAGAAUCAAACAGACAAAUUCAUUGACUCAGAGUUUCGUUACACUCUAUUUCCUAUAUUCUACGGUGUUGUUUUUGUCUUGGGGUUGCUGGCCAACUGCUAUGCUCUUUAUGUGCUGCACUAUAUGCGGGACUCUAAAGCUAUGAAUGAGAUUCGAAUCUACAUGACCAACCUGACUGUUGCAGACCUGCUGUUCGUGUCCGCUCUACCGUUCUGGAUUGGCUACUACGUGCAUAACGGUGACUGGAAGUACUCAGAUCCCCUCUGUCGUAUCACAGGCACGUUUUUCUUCAUUAACACGUACUGCUCUAUUCUCUUCCUUACUGCCAUCAGCAUUAACCGUUACUGGGCUGUUACCAGGCCACUGGUGGCCGCCUCUUCUGACUGCUGGAGACGUGGAGCAAUUGUCUCAGCGGCCAUCUGGGUCGUCACUCUUGUGGCAUCGGUUAAAUACCUCACUGAACCUGGAAUCCAAAAGAAUGAGAACAUUUCUCGCUGUUUCGAGGGUUAUCAAGAUAUGAAUAAUACAUCUGGUAUAUAUGCAGUGGCCGUCACCCACUUCAUCAUUAUUGGCUUGUUCUUUCUUGUUUUCACAAUGGUGAUUGUCUGCAACAUAUUGAUCGCUCGAGCUCUUCUGUCUCAACCCAUCAGUCAGCCUCAAGCCAGCACGGGAAAGCGUCCAGGCGGUACCAAGCGCAGAGCUUUGAGGUUGUUGUGUGCUGUCGUGGGCGUCUUUGUGAUCUGUUUCCUGCCCCAUCACGUGGUGCAGGGUCCCUGGACAUUGUCCGUGCUUUACCUGAAUGAUUGGAGCAUGGAGACUCGCCAAAGCUUAAACGAUGCUCACCAGAUCACCCUCAUGCUUAUGGGGAUCAACUGCCUUCUGGACCCACUGGUGUAUUGCUUCGCCACCACAAAGUUCCGCAAGUACAUCCAGGGGCAUUUCACAAAGAUCAAGAGAAACAAACACUGCUCACGCAACACAUUAAGCACAGGAGUGUCCCUGAAGAGCAGACAUCAGAGUGAAUUCUGAACGCUGCCGAAGAGCACAUGCUGAUAUUUGGUGUUCAUUUUAAUCAGUUAAGAGUCUUAUUCCGAAUUGUUCAUAUUUGAGCAGAAUUUAAUUUCAAUUCAAAAUUAGGUUCUGUUUGGACUUUUAAAGGGUUUCUCCCAAAAAUGAAAAUUAUGCUAUCAUUUCCUCAUCCUCAAGUCGUUCCGAACCUGUAUGACUUUCUUUCUUCUGUGGAACACAAAAUAAGACAUUUUGAAAUAUGCCUCAUUGUUUUGAAAGUCAGUGGAAUCCAGUGUUGUUUUGUUGUAACAUUGUUUAAAAAAAAAAAAAAGUAAGCUGGGUAAAUAAUAACAGAAUUUUCAUUUUUGUGGGAACUAUCCCUUUAAUGCAAUCAAAGGAUUGGCAUUUGAACUUAGUUGUUCACCUUUCAAUUGCUGCCACUUCCGAGCAACUUUUUCAAACAAUAGAGUAUUUCAAGCAUGAUUAUUCAACGUGUAUUGAUAAAUGCUUCAUACACUGAAACAUUAAGCUUUUAUAUUGUGAUUCCUAUAUUGUCAUUAUUAUCUCUUAAAGAGAUAAUCCACCCCAAAAUUAAAAGUUUGUCACCAUUUACUUACCCUGAUGUCAAAACUUUUAUGCCUUUUCUUUUUUCUGAGGAACACAAAAGAAGAUAAUUUGAAAGUCAGUGGCAUUCUAGCAACAUUCAACCCCAUUGACUGAAACAUACUCAACAUAUCUUCUUUAAUGUUCCACAGAAGAAAGAAAGUCAUACAGGUUUGUAACAACAUGAGGGUGAGUAAAUGAUGACAAAACGAUAUCUUUAAAUGUCUGCCCUUGUGUAGGUGGAACUGACCUAUAUAUAUGUGUGUCAUUUAAAGAAUUCUCAUUCUUGUUAUCAUAUAAGGAGGCAGUCUUCUGUAGAACGAAGAAGACGAAUGAGUAAAGAGGAUGCUGGUGGUUAAUCUUACCGUAGUGAGAGGUGAUAAUAAUAGAUUGUGUUUCUUUCACACAAACAGUCACUGGAAAAUUAUUGGUGAAUUAAUGUUUAGAGAUCAUGUGUGAAUGGGACCUUUUCAAAAAUACCGGUAAUCAGUUCUGGCUUUUUUUUUUGGUUGGCCUAUGAGAAGUUGUAACAUUCUGUAAAUUACCAGUAUGAUACUGUGUGUGAACUAAGAAUAUGAUUGCUGGUAUGAGCAAGUAUGAGGGCAGGAUGUGUGAGAAGUCUGCUUUGGGGCAACCAUAAAGCUCUGUUGAGCAUUUUAAUUGUUUUUCUAUGUAAACAUGUGCUAGACGGACAUCUGACCAUUUGCUCCGUGCCUCGUGCUUGAGAACCUGCCUUCAUUUCCCCUUAUCAGUGCUGCGGCUCUGCAGAACAUUUUUGGGCUAACU